UUGUUACACACAAUCCCUUUUUACAUCAUUUUUUAUUAUGAUCUCUUUUCUGGCAGCGGUACAGCAUCCAGCAUUCCAUUUUGUGGCAGUUUAUUCUGACCCACAGUAAUACGUUUACGUGUGUCGUCACUGUGAUUUUUUUAUACAAUUAAUUACAUUUUUUACGAGAUCUUAUGAAAUUCCUUUGUUACAAAUAUGUAGUAUAUUACCAUAUAACAAUUAUUCACUUGAACUAACUACAGAUUUCAAUUGCAUUCAUAAAGAAACUAUGAUUAUCAGAAGUAUAUUUUUUGCGGCGUUUGUAUUUUAUUUUUCUAAUUCUUCGGCAACUAAAAUAUGUGAUCGAAAGCCAACCACAAUAUCAACACCAAAAAGUACAAAUCCGCAUCCGUUUAGAAUUAUUUUUAAAGGAAAUGUAGAAUUUUAUACACCAGGAACUACAUACACAGUUUUACUGCAAGGUAUUAAGACGAUUCCAACUGCAACACCAAGUUUUACUAGUUUUAUAUUGAUGGUUGAGGCUGAAGAGAGUCAGAAUUAUGACGACGAAAACAAUGACUUUAUAACUGGAAAAUUUCAACUAACUGGUGACGUAAGAACAAAAAUUAGCGAAGUCUGUCCAAAUACAGUUACUCAGACCUCUUUGAUUCCAAAAUCAGAAGUACAAGUAUUUUGGACAGCUCCAUUAUCUGGUAGCGGAUGCGUUAUAUUUAGAGCUACCAUUGUUGAAUAUCGUGAUAUAUGGUAUAUGGACGACGACCAAUUAAACAAAAGAAUUUGUGAAGAAAGUAAUGAAAGCAAUGACGAUAACGCUAAUGUAGUCUACGAGUGCUGUGCGUGUCACGAAGCUAAGUUUGAGUUAACUUUUGAAGGACUAUGGUCAAGACAUACCCACCCAAAAGAUUACCCGGAUGACAAUUGGCAGACUCGAUUUAGUGAUGUUAUUGGCGCUUCACAUACAAUUGAUUAUCGAUUUUGGGAACAAGAUCAAGUAGCUUCCGACGGAAUGAAUAGUAUAGCACAAAGUGGAACUACUUCGACUUUGGAAUCCGAACUUAAAUCUAAAAGCGAUAAAAUUCGUACUAUAAUUAAAGCCAGAGGCAUUAGCUAUCCAAAUGUGACUGGAAAGACAUUUGCUGUAUUUCGAGUGGAUCAAGAUCAUCAUUUGAUUUCAGUUGUGUCAUUCAUGUAUCCAUCGCCGGAUUGGUUUGUUGGAAUUUCGGGGUUGGAACUGUGUUUGCCAAACUGUAAUUGGAUUACGAAUAAAACCAUCAACUUGUACCCAUGGGACGCUGGAAUUGAUAGCGGAGUCACAUACAAUUCAUCCGAUAUGCCUCAAGUACCAAUAAUGAAUAUAGAGAGAGUUUGGCCAUCAAAUACCAAUGAUGUACGUUCUCCGUUUUAUGACCAAUCGGGUGCACAAAUGAAGCCUAUUGCAAAACUUCAUCUUAUGAGACAACGUCUUUAUGAGAAAAGUUGUUCGGAAGAAGAGCCUAAAACCGAAUCAACAGUUUGUGAUACUGGUCCGUGGUCAGAUUGGGACGAGUGUUCAGUGACUUGUGGUAAAGGUUACAGUAAUAGGUAUAGGCAAUAUAAGAAUCCAGAAGACGCACAUAAACCUCACUGUAGUAAACGGUCGAUGUCACAACGUAAAGGAUGUUAUGUGCUUCCUUCGUGCGCAAUUGAGAGCGAGGAGACUGAUACGAUUGAUCCAAAAUGUGAUGUAACUGCUUUCGGUCAGUGGUCGGAUUGUUCUGCAGAGUGUGGACCUGGUGUAACUGCAAGAUUUCGGACAAUUUUAAACGAAGAAGUGACACCAAAAUACUGUUUAGGUAGAAUGUUUUUACAACAAACUAUGCAAUGCGAAUCAAAACCUUGCCAAGACGAACGAGAUAACGUGGACUUGGGUAUAAUAUGCAGUAAUUGUUCGCUAACUAAGUGGUCGUUGUGGUCGCCUUGCAACAUGAAAUGUGGAACGGGUCAGAAGGAGAGGCAUAGGAUGAAUUUAGACAGAUCUGGAGUGACAGAAAAUUGUGACUCUCGUUGUUAUACACAGACAAUAAACUGUACAGAUAAUCCUCCAUGUGAAAAUAAUAUGCGAAUGGAGGAUAUUUUAUUAUUUGGAAACAGUUUUAUGUUAAAAAAAUAUAAUGUAACGGUACAACGCUCCCUUAUUUAUAAUAUUAAUCAAAAGACAAAUAGGUUAUGUAAUACUUCCAUCGUCAAUCAAACAACCAUAUCACCAAGUUCUGAAAAUACACCAGUAACAUCUGUUACUAUAAAUCCAGACGAUAUUUCAGAGGAUUCGACAGAAAAAUGUUUUUUGUCAAAUUGGAGUAAAUUUUCGAGUUGUAAUGCUAUUUGUGGUCCUGGUUUCAAAGAGCGUACACGUACCAUACUAUCCCCAACAGAUCCACUGGAACAAAAGAAAUGUAGGAAAAAACUAGUUGAUCGUCGAAAUUGUCGAGGAAGACAAUGUAGCAGAUGUAAUUAUUCGCCAUGGUCGGAGUGGUCAUUAUGUUCAGCACUAUGUGGUAUGAAUGCAGUACAACAACGUACGAGAGUUCCAGAAAAUGUUACAUGGACUUGGUGUAAAGAUAGAUUAGAACAGCGUAUUUGUUCAGCUUUAGCAUGUAAAACCGAUUAGAAACCAACUUUAUUUAGAAAUGUUGAAUUAAAA